CCGGCGCACAUUUGUUCAUGGGCGAGGUUGAAGAGUUAGGGUUUAAGCGAGAGAAACGGCCGCCUCCCGCUGCAUGAGAGCGAGACAGCGAGACAGCGUUUUUACUUUUGAGGUUUUGCUAUUUAUAGACGCGAAAGAUUCGAUAGUUUUGGGAUUUUGGAAUCCCUCGCGUGCGCAAUUUUGUAAUCAGGGCUGCCUUCAGCCUGCAGCAGAGUCCGUAAAAGCCGAAUCUUUCCUCUGUUCUCCUCCCCGAUUCUUCUUUUUAUCUCUAGUUUCGAAAUUUGAAUCCAAUAAGUCGAGAGGAAACCCCAGAGCUAGCCGUCAUGGGCGACGUGGGAGACGAGAUCAAUGGCUACAAAAUCAUCAAGGAAGGGGAGGCGGAGAUCCUCUUCCCUUCCAGCAACAGCGUCUUCUACAAUAAGACACAGGUUAACAAUAGAGAUAUGUCUAUUGCCGUUUUAAGGACUUUUAUUGCGAAGCGCAAGGAAGAGCAUGCUGCAAUGUCGAAUAGAAAGGGAAAAUCAGAACGAAAGGUGCCCGAGGGAAUUCCUUCUAGACCCGCAUCGAAGGAGGCAAGCACCACUCAAGAUGUAAGGGCAAGUGGAUAUUGUGAAAUGCAGCUAAAUCAGUCUCUUGAUGAAAAAGAAGAACCAAAGAAGAUCGCUUCUUGGAAAGGGCCUGGAGAACUCAAGGAACCAAGAGUACUAGAGGCUUUAGCUGCUUCUGGAUUAAGAUCUCUGCGCUAUGCCCGUGAAGUAGAUGGGAUUGGCCAAGUGGUUGCUUUAGAUAAUGAUAAAGCAUCUGUGGAAACUUGCAAAAAAAAUAUAAAAUUUAAUGGCUCUGUGGCAUGUUCAAAAGUGGAAGCUCAUCUUGCUGAUGCUCGAGUUUACAUGCUUAUACAUCAGAAAGAAUUUGAUGUGGUUGAUCUUGAUCCUUAUGGAUCACCUUCUGUGUUCUUGGAUUCUGCAGUACAAGCAGUUGCUGAUGGAGGCAUCUUAAUGUGCACAGCUACUGAUAUGGCAGUGCUCUGUGGGGGCAAUGGGGAGGUCUGCUAUUCCAAAUAUGGUUGCUACCCUGUGAAAGCAAAAUAUUGCCAUGAAAUGGCAUUGAGGAUCCUCCUUGCCUGCAUUGAGAGCCAUGCAAAUCGCUACAAGCGCUACAUUGUUCCCAUCCUCUCUGUGUCGAUGGAUUUCUAUAUUCGGGUUUUUGUUCGGAUAUUCACAUCUGCAAGUGCAAUAAAGGACACUCCUCUUAAACUCUCCUAUGUAUAUCAGUGUGUUGGUUGUGAUUCUUUUCAUCUCCAAAGUCUUGGAAGGACCACCACUAAGAAUAACAGUGUGAAAUCUGCACCGGGUUUCGGUCCCGUGGUUCCCCAAGCGUGCAGUGACUGCGGGAAGAAAUUUAACAUGGGUGGACCAAUAUGGUCUGCUCCUAUGCAUGAUCAGGAAUGGGUACUUUCUAUCUUGGCAAAUGUGAAAGCAAUGAAGGACAGAUAUCCUGCGUAUCAUAAGAUUUCUUCAGUGCUAACAACAAUAUCAGAGGAAUUGCAUGACGUUCCUCUCUUUCUCAGUCUCCACAACUUGUGCGCCACUCUUAAAUGUACUUCCCCAUCUGCAGUCAUGUUCCGGUCUGCAGUGAUCAAUGCUGGGUAUCGCAUCUCAGGCAGUCACGUGAAUCCACUGGGCCUCAAAACUGAUGCCCCAGUGGAGGUUAUAUGGGACAUCAUGCGCUGCUGGGUCAAGAAUCAUCCGGUGAAAGCACAGCCACCAGAUCAAUCAUGUUCAGUGAUCCUCUCCAAAGAACCAAAACUGCAAGCAAAUUUUGCCCGAGCGGUUGCUUCACUCAGCAAAGCACAAGCCAAGAAGGUGGCGCGGUUCCUUCCAAAUCCCGAGAGCCACUGGGGCCCUAAGGUCAGGGCUGGCAGGAAGAUCACAAGCAAGCAUGCUUCUCUGUUGGGUCCACAGGUUGUUGAUGGAUCUGUUGGUCAUGAAGAAGAAGAUGGACCAUCUCACCUGAUAGCACAGGAAGAUCCUCAGAUCAGACCUGAGAGUGAUGACCCUGCUACGAAGCGUAUUAAGACUGAUGAUUGUGCUGCAAACCAAUCAUGACGCCGGCCUUCAUGAUCAAUUGUGUUAUUAAAGAGACCGAAGAUCAUUUCGCUAAGUUAUUUUUGAAAUGUGUAUUUGGCUGUGUGAUGGCUAAUUAUAUCUCUUGUGAGCAGUAACCAUGACUAAAGCUUGCUUGAUAUUGUUGUUAUAUUUGUGUUUUUGUUUCUUUAUAAGUUAGUGAAAUCUCACAUAUAGGUUGAUGCUGAAGAUAGCAUUUGCAAUA